AUGAAUCUGGCAAAUUAUUCUUACUUCUCUGGCAUGUGCAACAUGACCGCAGAGACGCAGCACUCGCCCGCCGAGGCAAGUCCUGUUGUCCUGUCUCCAAACGUGAGCUUGGACUCGCCGCUGCCUCCUCCUCCACCGCCUCUGAUGCUGCAGGCCCGGGCAAAGGACAACAUUUUGAUCAAGUCUGAGCCCAGGGGGAACAGUCCCGGCACGGAGGAUGGAGCCGCUCUGGGCCAGACCGAGGAGCACCUGCCCACCGGGAGCCGCCGGAGGAAAAGGCCCGUCCAGAGGGGGAAGCCUCCUUACAGCUACAUCGCUCUCAUCGCCAUGGCCAUCGCCAACUCCCCCGAGAGGAAGCUCACCCUGGGGGGCAUCUAUAAGUUCAUCAUGGAGCGUUUCCCUUUCUACAGGGAGAACUCAAAGAAGUGGCAAAACUCCAUCCGCCACAACCUCACCCUCAACGACUGUUUCGUGAAGAUCCCCAGGGAGCCCGGCAGACCAGGUAAAGGCAACUACUGGACUUUGGACCCCGCAGCUGAGGACAUGUUUGACAACGGGAGCUUUUUGAGGAGGAGGAAAAGGUUCAAGCGCACAGAUGUGAGCACUUACCCCGGGUACAUGCAGAGCUCCAGCGCCUUUACGCCGACCCCGAUGGGCAGACCUUCGUACCCCAACACUCUCUACGCCGGGAUAGGGUCUGGUUACGGCUCUCAGCUGACGGCCACAUCCCCGCAUCCCGCCAUGCUGCAUCACUACCAGACCUCCGCCGGGGUCGGCCAAGGACAGCCGCGCAUGUUCAGCAUCGACAACAUCAUCAGCCAGCAGACGGUGGUGCAGAGCGGCCCGGGUGGAGCGGAGCUCAACGCCCAAGCGCUGGGAGGGCUGGGCGGGAGUGACCUGGGCGCCAUGACCUCCAGCUGUUCGGUCACGGGCACCGACCCGUCCGCGUGCUUCCAGGCCCAGACGGUCAACCCCUCGGCGAAUAUGCUGAGCAGGAACAGCGGGAACAUCGCAUCCAAUCUGGCCACCGGGUACCCGUACUCGUCUUCGGCCUCUCCUCCGAACCUACCCACCAUGACCCAGUCCGGGUUCUCCCCGGGGAGCUCUCAAGUUUACUGCUCCGGGAACCGGCUCUCCCUGCCGGCCCUACGCCCGGGCUCGUGCGCCGAGCACACGGAGCAGCUGCUGGGCCUCCCCAGCCCCAUGAACUCCUACAACAACACCUACAUGAGACAAGCUAACUUUGCAUCAGGAUUAGACCGGUAUAUGUGA